AUGUUUUAUUCUCUCGGGUUUCCCGGAAAAUCUCCGCCAGAAUUUCAAGCUGCGGAAACCCUAGGUUUUUCUUGGUUUCGAAAUCUAUUCUUCAACGCAUCUGAUAAAUUCAUGGAGAUUUGUCUCAUCGCCGAUACUGUAAGCCAAGGGCUAAGCUUUGCGAAGAUUCUCCUCCGUGGCCACAACGUCGUCUCGAACAACCACCUCUCUGUCUUCGAUUCGUCGGAGCAAUCCUCCACCGCCGGAGUCCUCCAAAUCUCCGCCAUGAUUUUCCCGGUGGACGCCUUAGCUCCGCCUCCGGUGAGAUCGAAUUCGUGCAAGACCGCUCGGCGUACUUCUUUACGGAGAAAGCGGCGCACGAGGAGGAGAUCACUGACCGGAGAUUCGGAGAACGGCGAAGACUUCGGGUUCCUUGGUGAUGGCGGGGACGAUGGUCCGUUUGGUGGGUUCGGCGGCGGUGGCAGGGGAUGGAAUUUUGAUAGGUUUGGAGGGCAUAAUUGGGACGAAUCUCCGUCUUCGUCAUCCGAUCCCGCUUUCGAUUUCGUGUACGAGGUGAUUUGCUGGAUUGCCCUCUCUAAUUGCGUGCAUUUUGCGUUUAAGAGGGUUGUUCGAAUCUUCGCGGAUGAUAUCGGCGAUGCUUCAAGGGAGAAGGUUCCAUUCAGAUUUGCAUCAAUGUGCUAACUUGGUACCGUUUCUCCUCAGUGUUCAACCCGUUAAUGGAUGAGAAUUGGAUAAUAUAUCUGUUAUCUGGGUUGUCUGAAUCUUCUGCCAAAAUUUCUAUGUACUAUUCACUGUAUAUAUUGUACAUAUUCUCAUUGUUUCUAUAAAUCUCCUUUAUGAUUUCUUUACGUA